AUGGAUACCUAUGGAAAAGAUGAUAAACGAUUACCAUAUUAUUUAAAAUGGGCUGACGCUGUAUUAAUUACAUAUAGUAUAAUACAACAAGAUAGUUUUGAAAUGGCACUUGCUUAUCUCGAUGCAAUAAAUUCAUAUUCAAAAAGUUUAACUGUAUCUAAUAAUGAACUUGUUAUUAUGUUACUUGGAAAUAAAUUAGAUCUUGAACGAACUAGAGUGGUUCCGAAAUCUGAAGGUGAAUCAAUAGCAGCGAAAUUUAGUUGUGCUUUUUGUGAAACAACAGCUGCUGAUGAUUAUGAAUAUGUUCAACAAUUAUUUCAUCGUACUGUACGUGAAGUACGAAAAGAACGUGAACGUGCUGUUGCAUCAAAUUGUAUUGAUGAAGAACCAUUACCAUCAACAACAAUUAAUAUAAAUACAAAUACAAAUAUUCCUUCAUCAGCAUCAUCUUCAUCAUCAACGUCAUCAAGUCAUUUUUUAGCAUUAAAUGACACAGAUAAAAUUUCAUCAUCAAAUAUCCCAUUACCACCACCCAUGCCAGCGACGCUUAUACAUCAAGCAGCUCGUGCAGCUAAAACUGCUAAACCUGAAUAUCAAAACUCAUCGAAUUCAAACAAUAUAAAUUCACCAUUUUCACCUACAAUUAAAUCUGGUUCAUUAUCAUCAAUAGCAACAGUAACUGGUUUACCUCCGACAUCAUCAUCUUCAACGGCGAAACGAGCACCAUCUAAAACAUCUGUAUUUUCUAAAAUUUUCAAAUAA